GUGUAGAACUUAUCACCUUCUUCAACCGAUAUCACCAUCGUCAGCUGAAAGUUGAUCUUCGAUUGCUUUGCUCGCUAGUUCUUCAACGCUUGCGGCUCUUUUUUUGUUUGUUUCGUUUUAACUAUCCCCUCGAGCAGACGAUAAUUUGCAUUUCUCGGAAAUGGAUGAAGAAAACGAUUUUAUAGCUGAGUACUAUUAUUGCAAAAAAAGGACAAGAGAAAGAUAUCAGUUUUUCUGACGAAAGUGUUUCUUAAAAGAAAUCGUUUGCUAAUAUUUAAUACUGAUAUUGGAAAUAGAAUAAAAAUGAAUUGAUAAAGAUAUAUGACUUAACACCAUCAUUUGCAAAAAAAUGAAUGAGAGAAUAUUUUACAAAAAGAACUGUGAUUUGAUAAAACUAACUUGACUGAGAAAAUAAAAGAUACCUUGAUUUUUCUCGAAGCUAUUUUAAAGUUCCUCAGAUUUUCGAACUUGUAUUUCUAACAACGUAAGCUAGUCACCAUUAGUUCCUCACACCUAUCCUUGUUUACCAUGCACCUUCGUAUACAAACAUUGAAUUAAGACAUUUUUGGAAAAGAAGCAUCAGAUACUGAUAAUGACAAUUUAUUCAGUAUCAGUAUCAAGCAACUGAUACAUUUUUCUAGUCUCUCUAAGAACCAAACAAUCGUCCUGAGUGGUAAAAGAAUAAAUGCGAUUCGAGCCUGCUGAUUUGGGACCCGGGAUGGCCUUUCACCCAUUCCUUCUGGGUCCGGGAUCCCGGAUGCCUAUGUCCCAGUCGGACUUCAGCAUGAGCUCAAUCCUAACCCAACCGCACUACCUGACGGCGGCUCUUCAGAGUUUCAACCCGGCUCUAGCGGCCGCUUGCUACCCGCCACCCCCGGGUGCUGCCGCCGCGCUAUUUCCGAAGCCACCACCGCCACCCCAUCAUAUAACAGCUGAGGACGUUUUGGGCGCUCAUUUGAGGGGUGGACCACCCCUCCGACCUUUAGAACCUGAAGAUGAUGGUAUCAAGGAUGAUCCUAAAGUGAUACUUGAGUCCAAGGAUCUGUGGGAUAAAUUCCAUUCUCUGAGUACUGAAAUGAUCGUUACUAAAUCAGGAAGGCGUAUGUUUCCUGCCUACAAAGUCCGGGUGAGCGGCCUAGACAAGAAAGCUAAAUACAUUCUACUGAUGGACAUUGUGGCAGCAGACGAUUGCCGGUAUAAAUUCCAUAAUAGCCGGUGGGUAGUGGCAGGGAAGGCCGACCCCGAGAUGCCCAAGAGGAUGUAUAUCCAUCCUGAUUCACCAUCCACUGGUGAACAAUGGAUGCAGAAAGUUGUCUCCUUUCACAAACUGAAAAUCACAAACAACAUAUCAAACAAGCACAGCUUUACGAUCUUGAACUCGAUGCAUAAGUAUCAACCGAGGUUCCAUCUGGUGAGAGCAAACGAUAUUCUAAAACUACCCUACUCCACAUUUAGGACGUACGUUUUCAAAGAAACUGAAUUCAUCGCCGUUACUGCGUACCAAAACGAAAAGAUAACAAGGCUGAAGAUUGACAACAAUCCAUUUGCCAAAGGAUUUCGGGAUUCCGGAGCUGCAAGAAAAGAUAAAAGAAGACAGAAUUCUUUAUUCGGUUCUCAUUCCUACCAAGAAGAAUCGCUAACUGCAUCACCACCUGAAGACGGAAGAGGAGACGACGGUGAAGACAGUAGUGAUAAUGAAAAUGUUGAUGUUGAUACGCCUGAUAACGAUGAUUUAGAACCACAGACUCUCAUCAAUGGUCACCAUCAAACGCAUUUAUCUCCUGGCAGCAAUUCCAUCAGAAUGUUCGAAUCGAACAACUUAACCAGAGGGUCGCCAACAUCUCCCGUUGGUUCUAUUUCUCCAGGGUCAUCGAUUCCAACUGCAGAACAGAGACUUAUGCAGGAAAAGCUUUUUGGUGGAUGUACAGAUCUAGCAGGUGGCUUGGACAAUUUGCAAAAGUACCUGCCUCUGCCCUACCCUCCGUCCUUCUAUACUGGUCUACUUGGACAUCUACCCUUCUUGAUGCCCGGUGCCCAGCAACAGAUGGGCUCCCUUUUUUCUCCUAGUGAUGGUGCCCAGCUAGCAGCCAUGCGUCAGCUCCAUGCUCAAUUGGGUCACAACCAAAGACUUUUGAUGGAUGGACUGUAUGAUGGACUUGCUAACAACCAGGAUGUACCAAGCAAUGGCGGAACUCUAAUAAAAAGCCCAAAGGCACAUCGAUUUGCACCUUACAGUCUACCAGCAGUGUCCAGCGCAGAAGCGUCUGCAUUUCACCGAUUGGCCACUAGUGGUCAGUUGCCCCCAACAACAAUAAGAAGUGACACGGAAAAUUCACCGUCGCCAAAAGACCCUUCGCCUCCGAAAGACUGAUUUAAAUAAGCUUUGACACACAUUUAAAGCAGUUUUAAUAAGCCAAAGAAAAACUGGCGGAACUUGAAAUUCGUGAACUCAAAUGGAAUGAUGCUAUAUUCAUUAUCCACCAACCCAUUUUCUUGGUGAAUGCAUGAAAGUUACAUAAUAAUUUUUUUUGGCAAUUUUUCAAAAAAUUCGGAAAAUUUUCAACAAAAAAAAAUGAGUUUUCUGAAAAAAAGAAAACAAGUGGAUCGUUGUUGUAGGUUACAGUUGGCCAAAGUGUUACCUAACAUUCCGUGAAACUGGACUUUCAGUAACCUCACGUCCCAUUGCAUUUCCGUUACUAUAAUCAUGAUGUGUAUGUUGACUGUGAUAGAAAUUACGGGGUUGUGCAUACUGGCAUACACAUGAUGACAUGUUGACUAACCGGUGCCAGUGAUAAAAAAAAAA